CCUCAGUUCUCACGAUACCUCAUUGUUACUAGUCAAACUGAAAGAUAAUGGCGAGUGAGACACUGAGAAGAAGCGACAACAUGGCGGAGAAGAUGAAAGUCGAGGAGAAGAAAAUCGGCAUGAUUGAAACUUGGUUGAGGAAGCACCGUAUUCACUACGACGCAGCCACCAGACACCCUCUGAUUCUUAGCAUUCGUGAUGGCACCAUACACAUCAAUUCCUUCAAAACAUGGCUCGCUCAGGAUUACCUUUUCGUUCGAGAGUUUGUCCCAUUUGUUGCUAGUGUGCUGAUAAAAGCUAGCAAGGAAUCGGAUGACAGUGCUGACAUGGAAGUCAUAUUAGGGGGCAUGGCUUCUCUGGGGGAUGAAAUAUCAUGGUUCAAGAGAGAAGCCAACAAGUGGGGUAUUGAACUUUCUGACGUUGUUCCUCAGCAGGCAAAUAUAAACUAUUCUAGGUUACUGGAAAGUUUAAUGAGGUCAGAUGUGGAAUAUACUGUGGCUAUGACAGCAUUUUGGGCCAUUGAAGCAGUGUACCAAGAGAGCUUUGCCCACUGCAUUGGAGAAGGCUCCAAAGCCCCACCGGAACUGGAGGAGACUUGUGCAAGAUGGGGCAAUGAGGGUUUUGGUCAGUAUUGCCAAUCUCUGCAGAAGAUUGCCAACCAGCGCUUACAAAAGGCUUCUGAUGAUGAGCUCAAAAAGGCUGAAGUUGUGUUCCUCAGUGUUCUUGAGCAUGAAGUUGAGUUUUGGAACAUGAGCCGUGGAAAUGUUUGAUUUUGUUCAUGAUGAAAACCUUUAUGUUUGUGUGAAAAAUGGUCAAAGCCUUGUUCUGUUUUACCAUUUACAGAGACUAAAGUACUGUGUGGAUCUUUAUUUCUUAGAAGGAUACAGUAAAUUAGAACUAGGAAAAUAAUAAAUGAAAAUGUUGAAAACACUCCUUAGCAUCUGUAACUUGAGUUCUAAAUGUAAUUAGAAUUUGGAUCC